CAAGCCUUCAAUAUUUUUGGGCCAUUGUCCACAUGUUUCAUCUCUCUGCCUGAACCUCCUGUCUUGGCAAAAGAUCAAGCAAACAUGAAAGGUCUUACAGAUACGGUCGUUUCCGACGAAAGUAUCCAACUAGCAAAUACGCCCACUGUAAACAAAAAACAUGGCACGCAAAGAGACGAACGAGAUAUGGAACGCAUGGGCAAACGCCAACAGCUCAGGCGACAAUUCAAGUUUUUGACAAUCUAUGGAUUUGGCGUCGUCCUCGGUUGCACAUGGGAAUACGCACUGAUCGGAAGCGGCAUCUCCCUCUACAACGGAGGACCUGCUGCCGGUAUAUGGAUGCUCCUCGUUGUCUGUUUCGGCAUGCUAUGCAUCACCCUUUCCUUCGCAGAAAUGGUCUCCAUGGCCCCGACGGCUGGUGGUCAGUAUCACUGGGUAUCCGAACUUGCACCAUCCAAACAGCAAAAAUUCAUAAGUUACGUAGUCGGCUGGCUCACAGUAAUUGCCUGGCAAUUCUACGUCUCAGGCACUGCCUACGCUCCUCAUCGCCUUAAACCUUCCCUCAUAUACGAUAAAAGGCUGGCACGGCACGGCACCCUCCUCUCCAUAUACAUAACCCUCUCUUCCAUCUUCUGGAACACGCUCCUCGUCAACAAACUACCCUUAAUGGAAGGCAUAGCCCUAACACUGCACAUACUAUCUUUCUUUGCCUUCAUCGUAGUCUUCUGGGUCAUGGAUGCGGCGGACGUGAUGCCGAGGGCUAUAGUGGCUACGCCAUUUGCGAAUUAUGUGCUUACGUUUGUGAUGGCUGUGACGGUUUUUUUGAACUUGGGAACGGAGAGGGGAGGCGUGAGGGAGACGGGGUUGGGACAGCCGUGGAUACAGAUUCUGGCUAACGCGACCGAGUCGAAGGUUGCGGCGAAUGUGUUGACGGUGGUGGUUUUGCUGAUGUUGCUGUUUUCCUGUAUUAAUCAGUUGACAGCUGCGUCGAGACAGUUGUGGUCUUUUGCAAGGGACGAGGGAUUACCGUUUUCGGGGUGGCUUUCUUAUGUACCUAGAGGCCGGGAUAUCCCCAUCAACUCAGUAGUUUUCACCUUUGUGUUUACAGCACUUGUAUGUCUUAUCAUCAUCGUUUCGCCCUUCACUUUCAACAUCACAAUUGCCUUGGGAGCUUUUAGUGGCACUAUCGGCGAUAUCACAGUAAUUAGCUUCAUGCUGAGAAGAAGGUUGCUUAAAGAGCCUCUCCUUCCUUCUCGCUUCAAUCUCGGUAGAGCAGGCAUCUUAAUGAAUUUUGGCGCCAUUUCGUAUAAUUCGCUUGCAGUUGUCUUCCUCGCCUUCCUCGCCUUCCUGGAAGCACCCCAGCCCUCGUUGGUAAACAUGAAUUGGUCAUGUCUAAUGUUUGGCACUCUUUUCGGCGUUGCGAUGGUGUGCUAUUUCCUCUUUGGAAGGCGUAGCUACAAAGGCCCGGUAGAGUAUGUUAAAAAGUCAGUGUAG